CUGUUAUCUUUGAUUUAAAAAAUAAAUAUACCAACAACAACAAACGGAGCAAUUUGAUAUUUUUACGAUAAUAUAUUACAAAUAAAACUGCCUCUGCAGUGUUCUAUUCUUCUGUUCGACAGAUUUUUGUGGAAAUAAAGUGCUUUUAUGUAUAAUUUAUCUUGAAGUUUAAGUAUAAUAUUAAAUAACAAGUUCUAAAAUUAGCUAUGUGUUACACGGGUUCUGUGCGUCGCAUUUAAGAAAAACUAAGAUGCCAAAAAUACCGUAUAAACCUGAAAAAACACAUGAGGACGACGAUGAUUACGAAAUUGUGUCUUUCGAAGACUUCUGUGACAAGUCUCCUGGUUCUAAAACCGAUCUAUUGACGUUGAAUGAUAAUAUAAACUAUCGUCUUUGUUACGAAAGUGAUAAGAAUUCAAAAUUGAAUGAAUUGGAAGGCGAGAGCUCCAGAGCUGCAGAUAGGCAGACGGAGACCUCUUUAAAUGGCCCCACCAAAGGUGUCACAUUUAAGAGGAAGCUUUCAAAUUCGUUUGCCCCCUUUGGGCGGUACAACAACAAAGCAGGCAGGGCUCCACUGUUCAGCGGAGUUAUUCCUAAGCCAAGAAAUGAAGGAGAGUCAGGAGCCAGGGAGCAUAGAUACCAGCGCUUUUCGGAGCGUCGCAACAUAUUCCAGCGAGUCUGGGAGCACUUGCCCGGGCUAGGGUCAGGCAUGCUGGGCGUGGCACUGGUCUGUGCGCUGUGUGUGGGCGCCUGGUGGGCUGUCGGCGGCGCUGUGGGUGGUUCCUGGGGAGAAGAGCAUUACAGAAAACUCUGGGAAAGAACACAUCCAGAUGCGAUUAAGAAACCCUUAUCACCGAUGCCAUAUGAAAAGUUUCCUAUACAGCAAGCUCCGGAGUACCGGUACCACGAUCACAAUAACUUGAGUACAAAGAACAAAAGUAAUGCUACGGAGAGGAAGAAGACAGAUCUCAAUAAGAAGAAUGUGUACCCUGAGAGGACAGUGGAAGUACUCCAGGAUAUGUGUUCGAAGGUAGAUGAGAAGAUGAAGUUCGAUUGCUUUUGGCUCCCUGAUGCCAAUGAAAAGGAUUGCGUUAAACGAGGAUGCUGUUGGAAAACAACAGAGACUCAAGGAGUGCCGCACUGCUACUAUCCAUCCCACUUCGACUCGUUUCGCUUCCUCAACAUAACUGAAGAUAAGCACGGUAUGGUGGCCUACAUGGAGAAAGUCCGUCCGUCAGGAUAUCCAGGGGACUUCGACAUCGCCAGGAUGGACUUCAAAUAUUUGUCUGAUGAUGCUUUGCAAAUUAAGAUCUACGACGCGGAACACAAGAGGUUUGAGCCGAUGCAGCCCGAAACAUCGAUAGUGUCGAAGCCUCUCUCUCAGAAAAAGUACAGGGUGGAAGUCGACGGGUCCCUUAUGGGAUUCAAAGUCAUCAGGAACUCUGAUAAUGUUACUAUUGUAAACACCCAAGACAUAGGCGGUUUGAUCCUAUCAGACAAGUUCCUGCAAAUGUCGGCUGUGCUACCAACGAGCCAUAUAUUCGGACUCGGAGAGAAGCGGGCGCGCUUCAUGAAUAACGUCAACUGGAAUACUUUCGCACUGUUUAAUAGAGACAGGGCGCCUACUGAGGGGGUGAACCUAUACGGCACGCAGCCGUUCUACUUGGCCGUGGAACACGACGGGAACAGUCACGGCAUGCUACUGCUCAAUUCUAACGCUAUGGACGUGGUCCUCCAGCCGACGCCAGGCAUAACAUACAGAACUACGGGUGGUAUACUGAACUUCUUCAUCUUCCUCGGACCCUCGCCCAAGGAAGUAGUGGCCCAGUACACUGAGUUAGUCGGACGACCAUUCAUGCCGCCUUACUGGUCGCUUGGAUUCCAUUUGUGCAGGUUCAACUACAACACAGUGAAUGCUACUAGGAGUGUGUGGAAAGCGAAUAGAGAUGCUGGCAUACCCUUUGACGUGCAAUGGAACGACAUCGACUACAUGCAGGACCACAACGACUUCACAUACGACACCAAGCGGUUCGCUGGACUACCGGACUUCGUGAAGGAAGUGCACUCCGAGGGAAUGCACUAUAUGAUUAUUAUUGAUCCAGGCGUAGGUGCGUCAGAGAAGCCUGGUACGUACCCGCCAUACGACCGAGGCGUGGAGAUGGACAUAUUCAUCAAGAACUCCACCAAUCACAUUCUUAUUGGACAGGUAUGGAACACGGGACAGACAGUGUACCCAGACUUCACUCAUCCGAACUCAAGCAGCUACUGGCUCGAGAUGAUGGCCAACUUCCACAAACACGUUCCUUAUGACGGCGCUUGGAUUGACAUGAACGAGCCGUCCAACUUCCGCGACGGUACCGCAGUAGGUUGGUGCGCCCCGGAGGACCUGCCGUACAAGCCGCGGACCAAGGACCCCGACCUCAAGACCCACACCAUCUGUAUGGACGCCAGGCAAUACGCCGGCUCGCACUACGACCUACAUAACCUGUACUCCUUCACUGAGGCAGUCGCUACUUAUUUCUCGCUAGCAGAGAUCCGCGGCAAGCGUCCGUUCAUAAUAUCGCGGUCCACGUUCGUGGGCAUGGGCAAGUACUCCGGACACUGGAGCGGAGACAUCGCCAGCGACUGGCACGAUAUGAGGAUGACUAUUCCUGAGCUACUAAGCUUCAGCCUAUUCGGUAUCCCGAUGAUGGGCGCGGACAUAUGUGGGUUCCGCGGCGACACGUCCACGGAGCUCUGCAAGCGAUGGAUGCAGCUCGGCGCCUUCUACCCCUUCUCCAGGAACCAUAACGAUGACACCUCCAAGCCCCAGGACCCGGUAUCCCUGGGCCCGGAGGUGGUGUCAGCGUCUCGUGCGGCGCUGCGGCUGCGGUACGCGCUGCUGCCGUACUACUACACGCUGUUCUGGAGGGCGCACGUCCAGGGGGACACCGUCGUCAGGCCGCUGUUCUUCGAAGCGCCCGAGCAGAACAACCUGCACUCGAUAGACAGCCAGUUCAUGGUGGGUCCGUGGGUGAUGGUGGCGCCCAUACUGUCGCAGGGCGCCGCCACGGUCCGCGCCGAGUUCCCCGGCCCCCAUGGAUGGUACAACAUCCUCGACGGACAGUUCAUUGCUAGUGACAAGUCUUAUGAGGUCAUGGAGAACGAAACUGUUUCGGUUAAGGGCGGAGGUAUAAUCCCGAUGCAGGAGCCGCCGGUACAAGGCCCGGUGACCACGACCAACACGCGAAGCUCUCCGCUACAACUGCUCGUGGUGCCUGAUAGAGAUAACCAGGCUAGAGGAGAACUCUACUGGGACGAUGGUGAUAGCCUGAACACCUACGAAGAACAGAAAUACAGUCACAUAGAAUUUACACUAAACAUAACGGAGAUUCGAAGCACGGUGCAGUGGUGGGGGUACGGCGUGCCAUCGCUCAACAAGAUCUCAGUUCUAAACCAACCGCCGAUCAAGAUGGUCGCCAUCAACUACCAGCCGUGCGUCAAGCCCUGCGAGUUCACGUACAACACGCAGACUAAGUUAUAUUGCAAUACGUGUGGGUCGAAGGACUGUGAAAGACAUGACUCCAGUGUGGGCACGGACCCCUGGGUGGGGUUACAAAUACACAAACAGUUGGAUCAAGCGAUAGAGGAUUUCUACAACACGAUCCUGGAUCAGUUUAUAAACUCGUGGUACAGUAAGGUGACGCUGCAGCCGUUCUUCGUGGACGAGCUGCGGUACCAGCUGAGAUAUGCCUCCGCUUGUUUGCUGCAGAGAGCUGUUAAGAUAAACUACGCAAAAUUCAUAACGUCCCGGUUAGUACCGUGCGCGUUACGUCACUACUCAGUAUGCGCGUCACGUCCGGGGGUGGCGCUGGAUUCCAAGAUGGCGCUCCAUCCGGCCGCCGCCAAUAGGAACGCAGAGCUAAAGUAUUUAAGAUGUAUCACGAACGCCAUAAUGCCGUAUUUAUUGAAGAAUAAUGAGUUGCAGAAUUCUGUGUUUCGCGUGUUAAUAAGAGAGAUAUUCGCGGGUUGGGUGCUAUUGUCUCUAACAGACGUACUAGCCGAGCCUUAUAUACUGAACACUCUCAUUAUAUUAGCCACGGGAGACGAAACUAUGGCACAGUUGCCUACUACGCCUAAUUAUAAGGUAGAAUUCCUAGAAACGUUCGUCCGUCAGACGGAGUCGAUGUACAGCCAGCGCUGCAGGCUGCUGCGGCUGGAGCUGGACCUGGUCAUCGGCGAGCAGGAGCUGCUGUACGCCUUCAUGCAGUACAUGAAGACCACCAGCCAUCUGCAUCUGCUGCAGUUCUAUAAUGACAUUAAAUCAUUCCAAACCAAGAUCCUGAACCCCGAGCUGACGAGUUCGGAGGAGGAGUCCCUGCAGGCGGCGGCGCGCGCCAUGUACUCCACGUACCUGGCGGCCGGGACUCCGCCGCUCGCCGCCGACCUCGCCGCCGAGCUGCAGGCCUUGAUGCUGCAGGAUAAUAGUAUUAACAAAUUCCAAACCAGUCGAGCGCUGUACCAGGCGGCGCGACAAUCUCAUUCUUUAUUAGAAAAAAUAUGGCUGCCUAAGUUUCUGCAUAGUGAAGAGUUUUACAAAUUACUUAUCGGGAGCAGAUUGCCUACGGGGUAUCAGAAGCAAAUGGUCAAAAAACCCCACGAGAGACUUCUCAACCAAGCUUUAAAGUUAGGGCAUCGUUUGAAAGGUGCCCUGAAGCCCCAGACGGUCGACGGGCAAGUCCUGGAUUGUUACACAAACUGUGAUGAGUCGGAGGGCGAUGGAGUGGACAAUAUGGACAUAUUGAAGUAUUUGGAUAAUCUGGCCGUUGAGGAGUCGCUGAGAGGACACGAUCUGAGCACUUAUAAGGUCGUGUUGACUAAUGUUGAGACUAAGUUGCAAGUCCCCCCUCGUCGCGGCGCGGUGCGCGUGUUCACGGUGACGGUGCACCGCGCGGGGGGCGUGGACGGGGCGGCCCCCGCCGAGCUGUGGGCGCUGCAGCGCUCGGAGCACGACUUCCACCUGUUGAGGAGCAAGCUGCACGAGUUCCACGGGGACGCGCUGCUGCACGACCUCUCGCUGCCUUCGCGCAGAGACAACAGUCCCCUAGAAACUCUACGGUAUAAAUACGAGGACUUCCUCCAGAGACUACUGCAGAAGAGUCUCCUCCAAACCAGUGAAUUACUUCGGAUAUUCCUCACAGAAGACGGAGACUUCUCAAUAGUAGUCCAAGCGUCCACGUUGAAUGCGACCAGCUCGGACCUGGGCAAUAUUUACCAAAGUGUUGCUUUGAGGCUGAGGAAGGAGAAAGGACAACAUUUGGAGAGUUUUCUCAGGAAUCUGCUGGUGUCUUCUGAUAUUGAGCGGUAUCAGGCUUUUUUAUCACAGAAGCAACCUGAUCCCGUCCCUUCUGUCUCCAGGAAGCAUGGAACAGCUCGUGACGUGGAGGAAGCACAAGAGAUGAGUGAGGAUGUGGCAGUAGAAGUCCAGUACAAACGACAGCGCCGCGUCCGCAACAUUCAUGCAUCCGUGUUCCAGAAUAACUUCGAUGUUGAACCUACGUUCAGUAAUGUUGAUAAAGAGUAUCAGACGUGUGUUGUUGGGUUUACGCAGUGUCUUAUGUAUUUGUUAAUAAAAGUGAUAAAAGUAAGCAGUGUGAUCACCCGCGUGGUUGGUUCGAUAGCGGCGCUGGCCCGGACGUUGGUCGACGAUGUGUUCAAUAGCUUGCUGGACAGGACGCUGCGCAACUUGCUGAACGAGAGGAGACUGGCGCAUCUCAUUAGGUUAGGACAUGGCCUAUUAUUCGGCAAGCGUGGCUCAGUCCCCCGCGUGGAGGCGUCGGUGCAGCGCGUGCAGGCGCGCGGCCAGCUGCAGCGAGCCAUCCCGCGCGCCGCGCCGCCCGCGCUACGGACCGCUGUACUACACGCCUUCGACAUUAUACAGGCGCCGCAGCUUAACAAGCAGCUUGUUUACAACUUACUAGAUUUAUGCGUAAUGGAGCUAUUUCCCGAACUCGGCGCCACAGACAAGAGUCCAUCCAAAGAACCAAAGAGUUGAGGAUGUAUAUUAAUCGUUUCCCGGCAAGACGUAAUUUAUUUUAUAAAUAAAAACUCAAAUAGGCAUUUUUUAUUUUUGUAAAUCGCCAAAAAUACGCACGGUUGUCUGAUGUAAUGAUGUUUAGUUAAUUUAUACGCAACUUAUUGUGUAAUUGUAAAUAUUUGUAUUGUAUAAUAAUGAAUCUAUUUUUAUAAUAUUAGUUAUUGAAGCAAUAUUCGUUCACUUGACCCUUCGAGGUUGUAAUCGAAAGACCACAGAGUAUUUUUAAAUGUUUUCAGUGUAGACAAAUACCAGAAAUAAAUUAUUUUGAUAAUU